UAGGUACCGAACCAGAGAUAUCAUUCAAUUGAUGCCAGGGUGAGACAGGUUGGUGCAAAAGGUCAGCGGACAUAAAAAAUAAAGAGGGGUAACACACCAUCGAGACAGAAACAGGGCGUUUUUGACAUCUCCCACACCGAACCAGCUCACUGCAUGGGGGGCGGUCGCAGUGCAACCGGGGAACCUUCAGUGCGCCUUCCGCCGCUAACCGCAGAAGUUUCUUGAUGUUGGAAGAUGUUUUCGUGAGAGGCGGGGAUGAGAGACAACACAUGAGAUGGCAGCCAGAAAAUUGCUUGAGACUUCUUGAGGGGACAUACAGCGGUCCUUGUAAAGCGCUACAGGAACCGAGCAAGUGCCUAUUAAGCGUCAGUGAGAAGAAGUCAACUUGAACGUCGAUGUUGAACACGGAAAAUUAGCGAGCCGUUCGGAAGCGGGGUCCCCCAGACCCACCAAGUCUAGGCACAGUCUGCGAAAGUCGUUCUACACUGUAUACUCCAAUCACACCGGCAGCUCCCGUGGUUGCGUCAACGACUGCCUCGACAGCAUUGAGUGAUUGAUCAGCCACCAUUCACAGCUGGGAUGAGACACGCGAUCAGAGCUCGCCACAGGGUUUGCUCAUCAGUGCUCCAUCUCUUUGUUUACCACUCGAUACUCGAUAUCUGUCGGUGAGAUGCAUCUGCUGUCUUGGCGUUAAGUUGACUUAACUACCAUCAUGGAGUCCGAAAACGAGCCGCUCAAGAUGAACAAGACACAAAGUGUCCAUCCAUUUCCCGAUAAUUACAUAUACGUACCGCCACGCCCACGGCCUCAGCCUCGCUCGGUGCUUCGCCGUUUCUGCACUAUAGCCCUCGCCUCAACCCUCAUAUGGACUCUCAUAGCGCCUUUGGGAUCCAUCCUGUCCGGUAACUGGUAUAUCUCGGGGCGGGAUGGACAGGAUGGACAAACCUGGCCUGGACGCAAUCAGGUCGACCAGGACGAGUUGAGGCAAAUCCUUCGCGACGUUCCCAGCAGCGAAAGCGCCAUGCAAUGGAGCCGCUAUUACACCUCAGGACCUCACCUCGCCGGUAAAAACUAUUCGCAGGCUCUGUCGACCAAACAAAAGUGGGAAGAGUGGGGCAUCAAGUCUGAGAUCAACGAGUAUGUUGUCUACAUCAACUACCCUCUCAACCACAGACUCGCCCUUUUGAAGGGAAAGGAGAAGGAACAGGAUGGAGAAAAGGAAUACGAAGUGACGUACGAAGCCUCGCUGGUUGAGGAUGUCAUCGAGGAGGAUCCCACUAGUGGGCUUGCCAACAGUGUCCCAACCUUUCACGGAUACUCUGCUUCGGGAAACGUCACUGCACCAGUCGUCUAUGUCAACUACGGCACAUACCAAGAUUUCGAGGACCUUCUUGCUGCCAACAUCACACUCAAGGGAAAGAUUGCCAUUGCCCGUUAUGGUGGAAUUUUCAGAGGGCUCAAGGUCAAGCGUGCCCAGGAGCUCGGAAUGAUUGGCGUUAUUUUGUACAGCGAUCCUGGGGAUGAUGGAGAAGUCACCGACGAAAAAGGGGUUCCUACAUACCCUGAAGGACCGGCACGCCAACCCAGCAGUGUUCAACGAGGCAGCACCCAGUUUCUCAGUGUCGCCCCGGGUGAUCCAACUACGCCUGGGUAUCCGUCAAAGCCAGAGGCUCCUCGCAGACCGGUCGAAACAGCCACCCCCAGCAUUCCGUCCCUCCCGAUCUCUUACGCCGAUGCCCUUCCCAUUCUCAAGGCCCUCAACGGUCAUGGUCCGAAAGCGAAGGACUUCAACCAGUGGUGGACACGUAACACCGGCCUAGGGUACAAGGGCGUGGAGUACAACAUCGGACCUACUCCAGAUGACGUCGUUGUAAACCUCUACAACGAGCAAGAAUACGUGUACACCCCGAUCUGGAAUGUCAUUGGUGUGAUUAAUGGUACCAUUCCCGAUGAGGUUGUUGUUGUUGGAAAUCAUCGUGAUGCUUGGGUUGCAGGAGGCGCCGGCGAUCCGAACAGUGGAUCGGCAGUCUUGAACGAGGCCAUGCGUGCUUUUGGAGAAGCACUCAAGCGUGGCUGGAAACCUCGCCGGACUGUUGUCUUUGCUAGCUGGGACGGUGAGGAGUAUGGUUUGGUUGGCUCAACGGAGUGGGUGGAGGAAUACCUCCCCUGGCUCAAGCACGCGAGUGUCGCCUAUGUGAACACCGAUGUCGGCGUGAGAGGCAAGCGCCUCGCCGUCGCCGCCUCUCCUAUCCUCAACAAGGUCAUCUAUACAGCCACUUCCCUUGUUGGAUCAGCCAACCAAACACGCCCCGGCCAGACCGUGUAUGAUCUCUGGGACAAGAAAAUCAAAACAAUGGGAAGUGGCAGCGACUUCACUGCCUUCCAAGACUUUGCUGGCAUUCCCUCCAUCGACAUUGGGUUCGACAAUGACCGCGACAGCCCUGUGUACCAUUAUCACUCCAACUACGACAGCUUCCACUGGAUGCAAAAGUUUGGGGAUCCUGACUUUCUUUACCACAGAACCAUGGCCCAGGUUCUUGGUAUUCUAGUAGCGGAAAUCGCCAACCUCCCUGUCAUCCCCUUUGGUGCUGAAGACUACGCCAAGGCUCUGGCCGAAUACGUCCACAAGGUCGAAGACAAGCUGGACGCCUACCUCAUCCCCCCAGCCGAAGUCCUUUCGGCAAGCGUAACCGACGAAGAAAUGUUUGAACUUCGCUCCUCCACCCGCAACAUUUCCUCCCCUGUUUCUGUAUCCACCACAUCCAAACACACCCCCAAAACUUUCCGCAAAUCCCUUACUCGCCUCCAUGAAGCCCUUCAAACCCUCACCUACCACGCCUACCAUCUUGAUCUCCUAGCCGAUGAGCUUCGACACAUCUCAGAAAACGACGAAAUCCCCUGGUGGGAUCUGCCUCGUAAGAUACGCCAUCAUUGCGCGGUUCGCAAGGCCAACACCAAGUAUAAGUACCUCGAGCGUAGCUUCUUGUAUGAGGAAGGGCUGGACAACAGGCCCUGGUUCAAACACGUGGUGUUUGCUCCGGGAUUGUGGACGGGGUACUCCGGGGCGGUGUUCCCGGGUUUGAUGGAGAGCAUUGAUCAGGAGGAUUGGACGAAUGCAGAGAGGUGGGUUGAUAUUAUUGAGAGUAGGAUUUUGAAUGCUGCAAGGGGGAUUGAGGCGUAAUGGUGCGAUAUUGAGAGGGGUGUGGAGAGAUAAGUGUUGAUGAGCGAACAUAGGUGAUGGUCUAGAUUGAUCUGAACUAUAAGAGAAAGUGACUUUGCCUACCCUACAGCUGGCUAUGGGCUGGAUACAGCAUUGCGGAUUGGAGAAUCAGAGGGAUAGUCUGCUUGCGGUUUUGUAAUUUCGCAAGUCUUGUUUUAUCUCCUGGGUUCUCAUUCUAUCCAUUCCAGCUGCUUACUUGACAGCUAUUCUCUCACACCUCUUACUUCACAGCCAUUUAUUUCGCAGCUUUCAAUUCACACCCUUUUGAUUCACAGUUAAUAGUUCACUGCUCUAUUUUGCAACCAUCAACACCUCUUGUUUGGAAGCAAUAAUUAUUUCAUCCCCUCCCUUUUCACACAGUCGUAGU